UAAGACCUAGGUGCUUGGAAUUUUGGGGGGAAUCUAGCAGUUGGGUUCGGUAUGGUAACAUCUAGUGGAGGGCAAGGCUCUCGCCAUGCCUGGGUUUGGAGAGAUUUUCAUAGCUUUCCUCAGAGGACUUGGCCAAGAAGCUUAGUCGCUGCCAUGAGUGAGGAAAUGGAAAUCGAAGGGUCAUCCUCACUGCAGAGUAGUAGUGACGCCAAUGCCUAUGUUGCAGUGACGGGUACCAACAUCCCCAUUGUCACCAUCAGUACGCAUACAGAAAAGGAUCAGAAACCUGCCAAACUCCCCAAGCUUCCAAGUAGUCGUUACCGCUACACUGUCUGGCAUGAACUUCACAACAACGAAAUCAAAGGUGAUGAACUGAACAAUCCCAGGGUCCGACGAGGACCUGAGGUCAAAGACAAGAUCUUCUACAGCAUCAAGGACCAGCAGGGGAGGCAGUUGCAUCAUGGGAAGAAGGGACAAGAGAAGAAAGACUACGAAAAGAGGAUUGAAAAUUGGGAAAAUAGUCUGAUGGUCAACUUGUCUUACCAGGAGCUAGGGCACCGUUACCAAGUUGAGAAUUUCAUGCGCAUCUUGAGAAGAUUAAUCCGGGCUGAGAAGAUACAACUCGUCAAUGAUGACUUAGAAGACCUAAGCAAAGUCAGCUUCCCAUCAUGUACUGUCCUGAACCUCAACAACAACUACUUUGCCUCAUUUACGAAACUUCCCAAGACUCCCAACCUGAGGACUCUCCUCUUGUGUGACAACUCCAUCAAAUCUCUGGACGGCCUACAGAACCUAAGAAAGAGCAGGCUGGAGGUCCUUGAUCUCAGACGCAACCCAAUCUCUUUCCAGGAAUGUUAUAGGCAAAGUGUUUUCAAAGUUCUUCCUGACCUUCGUGAGCUAGAUGGCAUUCCUCGAUUGAUCUCUGACAUCGAGGGUGGCUUUAACCUCCAGAAUGGCUGCACAGUGUCAUAGUGCAUUAUCCAAUUUCAUCUUUUUCACCUUUUUCCAACCAUCUUGCAGCCGGAAAAGGGCAGGUUCUGCCAACAACCAUCCUCCAAGAAGUGGGCUAUCCCGCACUCAGUCUUUCAACUUGGCGUGCAUGAAUGUCACUCGUUAUCAAUACAACGGUUUUGUUGUUAUGGCUGUUUGAAGUUCACGGCCACAUACAUGUCGGCCCGCUUGCAUGGAGCUCUGAAGUGGUAUAACAUUUUGUCUGACCCAUCGGAAGGAGAUGGGCACUGCGCAAAAACAGUUUGCCUGAUUAGGGUCAAAAUGACUGCAAGGUAUGACCCCAAAAAAUUGGAUGGCUCAACACAUGAAAUGCUUUGUAAAAUCAGCAAAAAUGUUAAGGGGUCUGCUCCCCCCCCCCGACUCUUUAAGGGUAAAAGAAGGUAGAGCAAUGCAUGGGGAAAGAAAGUGCAACCACAUGAAGACAUUGGUUCCCCACCUAAUAAAUUGUGGGGUGGGGAAAGUUGUCAAGGAAAUAGGAUUCCUACUCAGAUAUCAUCGUUUUCUAUGUCACAAUGAAGUCAAACAUAUCAACAUUUUGCUCAUAGUUCAUCUUUGUAACUCCAUGAGUCUGUACGUCUUUAGAAAAAUAUACAAAAGGAGAUGCAUCCACUCUGGAAAAACGAAUGGUAGACCGAUCUUACAAAGUUACAAAAAUAUGAGACUGUUUUAUUGGUUACAAAGAAGUCAAACUGUAACAUGAUAUUCUUACUUAUCUUGGCAACCAGCCCUUUAGAAAUAUAUACAAAGGUCCUUGCAUCAAAGUUACAACACAAAAGUACUGUUGACCGAUUUAACUUGAAAUGCCAAAAAAAUAUUAAAUGUAGGACUGUCACGUCUAUUGUAAAUAGUAUACAAACUCUUGCUUGUACAUAAAGGUUCUUUUGUCCAAGAAUGAAUUGAGAUUAAAGGUAAAAAAGAUGA